AUGGGACACGUGGAGCAUUGCAACUACCUGAGGCAUCGUAUUCAAUGCCAUGCAGAUCUAACUCCUAUGCUUUGGCAGAAGAAGGACAAUUCAUCCCAAGCCUUCCAGGACCAGGUGAUAUCGCUGGCCUUGGACAUGGAGACUACGUACGCGUGCCGGAAAUGGGAACCUAUUCAUGAAUGGGCCUCGAGCCGGCAGGUAAACUACGCGGAACGAGAGGACCUUGUACAGGGGGGAGGCAAGUUCAAGGUUUUGGAUUGA